GUAUUCUAACAUAUUACACCCACAGCUAUAAAUUUUGCAUCUCAAUAAUUUUCCAGACGUAAAGUCAAAGGGUUUGAAACAGAGUAUACUUCACAGAUGAAGUUUGCAGCUGUCUCACUCGCGCUAGUGUGGUUUAUGCCUACCUCCCUUGAGAUAUGUGGAUGUGUACGGGCGGACGAUAGUGGGUUUCAAUGCUACGUAUGCGGUUUGUGAAGUUGAAAUCAUGAGUUCAUUUUUUCUCUGUUUCUCAUAAUGUGGUCGUUAUUUGCGCGGGAUCCUUCCAAGGAUUUCCCUUACGAAAUUUCAGAGCCUGUUCAAGGGUUAGAAGACAAAAGUGUGUGGAGUUUACACCAAGGAAAGAAGAAGGGAAGUGGUGAAGAUGUGUCAGUGUUUGUUUUUGAUGUAAGAACUGGAAGCGAGACUCAGUUUGAUAUUGCUAAGGCAGCUGUGAAACGUUUGAAGACUUUACGUCAUCCUAGUAUUCUUACUUACCUGGAUAGUUUAGAGACUGAGAAAGUUAUUUAUCUAGCUACAGAAUAUGUGGUACCACUUCAUACAUAUUUAGGUGAAUUAUCUAAAGAUGGAAAAGAAGGUCAUCAGCGUGAGUUAUAUUUGGCAUGGGGCAUAUUUCAAAUAACUAGAGCAUUAAGCUUUUUAAACAACGAUGGUAACCUUCGGCAUAACAAUGUAUGCUUGUCAUCAGUGUUUGUCAAUGGUGCUGGUGAAUGGAAACUUGGGGGUGUGGAAUAUGUUGCUGGAGCUAGUGAAGGAACGGGUCUUCCUAUUAAAAUCUUGCCAUCACUUGAAAAGUACGAUCCUCCAGAGAAAGCAGAUCCUGGUCACAUGUGGGGUCUUGGGUGUCUCAUAUGGGAAACCUUUAAUGGACCUUUACCUCAGCAAUCGGCAUUGAAAGAUUUGAAUAACAUACCAAAGCAAUUGAGCUCUGUCUAUUGUGAAUUGGUUGGUGCAAACCCUUCGUCUCGACCCAAUCCUGCCGAUAUCAUAACACGAUGUCGAAAAAUUGGAGGAUAUUUCAAGAAUGACUUAGUUGAUACUCUCCUCUUUCUGGAAGAAAUACAGAUUAAAGAUAGAAGUGAGAAGAACAGAUUUUUUAGCGCUUUAACACCUCAAUUGGAUAACUUUCCAGAAAAUGUGUGUCAGUACAAAAUAUUGCCCCAACUUAUCACUGCCUAUGAGUAUGGUGAUGCAGGCUCUGCUGUUCUAAUGCCGAUGUUCAAGUUGGGACGUCUUUUGAAUGAAGUAGAAUAUCAGAAAAAGAUUGUUCCAUGUGUCGUGAAACUAUUUACCUCAAAUGACAGGGCUACACGAAUACGUUUGCUCCAGCAACUUGAGUACUUCAUAGGUCAUUUACAAGCAUCCGUUGUCAAUGAUCAAAUUUUCCCACAAGUGGCAAAUGGAUUUAUGGAUACCAAUCCUACCAUUAGAGAGCAGACUGUGAAGUCUGUGAUGCAUCUUGCUUCAAAACUCAAUUAUAAUAAUUUAAAUGUCGAAGUUCUGCGACAUUUUGCAAGACUGCAAUCAAAAGAUGAUCAGGGAGGUAUUCGGACAAAUACUACUGUCUGUCUGGGGAAAAUUGCUCAGCAUCUACAUCCUCAAAUAAGACAGAAAGUACUUAUUUCUGCUUUUAUUCGUGCAAUGAGGGAUCCAUUUCCACCUGCAAGAAGCGCAGGUGUUUUGGCAUUAGCAGCUACACAACAGUACUUCCUUCUCUCUGAAGUUGCUCAGCGUAUUUUGCCAGCACUAUGUCAGCUCACUGUAGAUCCAGAGAAGUCUGUUCGAGAUAAUGCAUUUCGAACUAUAAAGGGUUUUCUUGGCAAGCUUGAGAAAGUGUCUGAAGAUCCUAGUCUUCGUGAAUCAAUGGAGGCUGAUGUCCAUACAACUACUCCAAGUUUAUCAAGUGCUGCUGCAACAUGGGCAGGUUGGGCUGUAACAGCAGUUACUGCUAAAUUUUACAGAAGCCAGUCAGAUACUGUGAAGUCAAUUACACCUCAUGCUAGUAAGACCCUGAGUAAACCUGGAUCCUUAGAGCAACCAUCUAGUAGUAGUAUUUCUACAACAACAUCUAGUGUGACAUCUAUGACAUCUUUGGAACAAGAAGAGAGUAAAGGUGCUGAUUCUGUGUCAGAUUAUGAUGAGACCUGGGAUACUGAGAAUUGGGGAGAUAUGGAGACUCAAGGGGGACCUUCUGGUAGUUCUGAAUCUCGAAGUCCAGCUGUUGAAGGUGUUGAGAAAGUUGAAAAGAAGGGUACAGAUGGUUGGGAUACUGAAGAGUGGGGAAGUUUGGAGGAGCAACCGGCUGCUGAAGGAGGAGAUUUGAAUAGUCCUAGUGAAGGUUGGGGUACUGCAGAUUUUGCUCCUGUUGAUGAUUCUAAUGUGAAAUCUAUCAGUGCAUACAAUUGGGGGGAAACUCGUGAAACAGGAUUAAGUAAUAGAUUGCAACCUGACUCCCAGAAUUUGAGAAGUCAGUCUGGUUGGGAAGAUACAGAAUGGGAGCCCCUUGAGGAACCAGGAAGUGCCUCAAGUCGCCUAGAGGAAGCUAGAAAGAAACGCGAGGAACGAAAAUUACAACGUCAGAAGGAACUGGAAGCAAGACGUGCCACCAAACUUUCUGGAGGGCCCAUGAAACUAGGAGCAAAAAAGAUGUAGUGAGAUUGUGUGCCACAUACAUUAAUUUCUUUUAAUUCUUCUUGUACUUCGUGUAUUAUCUGUUAAAUGGUUGUAUCAACCAACUUAAUUGGUAAGAUUUACAAAUGUUACCCCGUUUUGCUCACAUUUCUGGGGGUAUUGGUGUUCCAUGUUUCUGUGUAAGUGCUGCUGUUCAAUUAAUAUUUCAGUACUUGCAUUGACUGAAAUUAUAAUGGUGGCAAUGACCAUGUUAAACCAACAUGUUUGUGCAGGUUUAUUGAGAAGACAACUUGUGCAUCCUUGUGUGUGUUGCUGAUCGUUCUGUGAACUAGGAUGGAUGAUAGUGUGAACACUGUUGCUGUCUUAUGUGAGAAAAUGAUGCAUUGCAUGCAAAGAAUAUUGAAAAAGACCAACACUUUCGUACUUCAGCUUUAAGCAGAUCUUAGAAAUCUUUAGAAAAAACAUAAUUUUUUGGCAUUUCUUGACUUAAAAAUGUAAGUGAAAAUUUUGAAUGUGAUUUAUGGACCUUGAAAGAGAAACAAUAAAGAAAGUUUUAAAAAAUCCUGUUUUGUAGACAUAGUAGCACUUUAUUUAUAUUGAAUUAUGUGGUCCAUUCAGUACAUUUUUUUCUCAUUUAUGAUUUGAUUUCGCAUGAAAAUAUUUUCUAUGUGAUUUUUUAUAAUAGAUUUUUAUUCAAAUGUAUGUUUCCGUGGUCAUGUAACGUAUAUGUUUAUUAUAUUUCUAAUUACAACAAAUUUUUUUCAUUAUAAAUGAGAGAAUAGCAAUAUAUUGAAGAAUUUUUACUCAUUCAUAUGCAUGGAACAUCACUGAACAUAUUAAAAGCUUUAUGAAAUAGAUUUAAUAUAAUUGAGCCACCUUUGGCCAUCAGGAUGUUUUGUAAUAAUGAAAACAUGACUGUGAUUUUGUGCACAAUUGGUUUAGAUUUCAGUCAUUUUGUUACCAUGUAUUAGUUCCUCUGUAUCUUUAAAUGUGGUUGCAAUAUCCUGUGUUAUGACAAAACUAAUACAUUUUUAUAGAUCAUUAAACUAUUCUUUAUUAGAACAUCAAUUUUAAUUGUACAUUUUUCAAUAGAGUUAUAUUUAGCAGAUUUUUAAAAUUUGCUUAACUCGUGAAAUUUCCCUGCCUAAGAAUUAAGUUUUCCAUAAUUUGAUUCCCGAGUUUCAUUUGAUUUUAUAUUUAAGAUUCAAGUAACCGAUGGAAAAACUUAAUAUGUCAUCAAAGGUUCCCUCAUGUUGAGCAUAUUCCAAUGAAAAUAGCCACCAGGUAUUUCAGUGGACAGUACUAACUUUUACCAAACUUUAUUUAGAUCUUAGAAUGCAAGCAUUUUACUAAUGCAUUUAUUGGUAUUAAUCUUUAUUAACCACUUCAUAUGGAAAAUAAUAUUUGAAGAUUUGGUCUUGUGGGUCAGGGAUGGGCUUAUUUAGAACUAAUAUUAGAACACUCAUUUUAAUAAAUGUCAGAUGCCAGGCCCCCUAGACUUAUGUUAAUAUAAGUGUUAACCUUUUUUUAAAAAAUAUUGCUUGCUAGGCCUGAAUCUUGAUGUACAAACAAUCUAAAUUGGGGAAACUUAAGAGCCCAAACUGCAAUUCCUGACUCUGUCCUACUUGUAAUUCUUUGCCAUGUGAGCUGUUAUAAAUAUUUCAAAUUUGUAUUUAAUUGCAUACGAAGGAAUUUGUAGUAAUCACAUAAGAAUCUGAAAUGCUUCGGUAAUUUCUCUUGUAUCUUCUAUCAACUUAGUAUCACUUGUAUCAUUUUAUUUGUAUUAGAAUAUUUUUAUGAAGAUUCUGUAUGUAGUUAUUUUGGAAAUGAGAUUUAUUGAUUUAUUAAUAUCCGUAUUGUUAGUUAUUUACAGAAUAUGGUGCGUAAGUCUGGACAAGUAACAUUUUUUUUAAUACAAAAAUUUAUUUGUCGAAAUAUUAAAAUAAAAAAAUAUUUUGUAUAUCAGUUUCAUAAUAUCUCCAAUGUGAAAAUAUUUUGUGUAAACCCCUCAGCCAGAAUAACUGCUUACUUUUUGACCUGAUGUACUUGAAUGCCCUUUGAAAGGCAGCGCUGCCCAAAUCAGCAAAUGAUGCUUUGAAAAUAGUGUGUAAAAAUGCUUGAUUAGGGUUUUUCCACAUAUUAGUACUCUUUCAAGAAUGCCCUAAAACUAGUUUUUGGAGGUUCAAAUUGGAGUUGUGAGGGAGCCAGAAUCUUCUAUCCCACAGAACAUUACUAUCUGAAAACGAGUUUUGGACUAAAUGGCUCCUGUGUGCCGGUGCACCAUCUUGGCGAGAUGUAGAUCACACUUGGUGAAAUGCAUAUCACACCAUCUUGGUGAAAUGCAUGGUUUCACCACAUCCAGAUAACUAUCAUAAAUUUCUUUCAUGACAGUGUGUUUUCUCAAAGAAGUCUGAAAUCAUUACCUGAGCCCUUUUCAUGAAGGUCUAUCACACGUUCUUUUAAAUAAUGCUUUCUGAACAGGUUAGCAUAUCCUUCUCCAAACAUCAUGAAACUAAUUAGUAGUAACAUUGUACACAGUCCAUCACUGAAGUGAAUCGCUGAAUCAAAGAGCUAACUAUUUAGUCACUGAACGUCCAGUACAAGGACUUUUCAUAAUCACGACUCUGUGAUUGUACUCUGCAGUUUCCAACAGCUUGGUCAUUUUGAAGUUAGGAUUGUCAUACUAGCAGCAAGUGGCUCUCAUCAACACCAAUAACAACCUAAAUUGAAGACUAGUGUGACAGGAAACUCCAAAUAAAAUUUAUCGAUAUUGAAUAUAACUGAUAAAUGCAAAAAAUAAUGUUUUUAUCCCCAUUUAUAUCUUAUCAUAACCUAUAAAAAGCCUCCAGGUAUCUCCUCUGAUGGGAUCCCACCCUAGCUGUAACAAGCUCCAAGGGUCAUAUUGGUCACAUGACGUGUGGUAGUGCAGUAUGUUUGUGUGUGUGUGUGUUUGCGUAAGUAAUUACACACAGGAGGGAGAGGAUAAGAUCAGGUAUGGGAUGGAAAAGUUGCAUGCAGUCCAUGGCCUGGUUGUUAGGAUACUGCUCAGGUAUUCGCCUGGUAUCUGUCAGAGAAACCAUGGAAAACUACUGAUCAUUGCAGCUGGCUGUUGUAAUUAUUCUCCAAACAGCGGCUGAAUUUGACCAAGCUACAUAGCUAUCUGUCAGAAAUCUACCUCUGGCAGGACUUGAACCCUGGGACCUCCUGGUCUAAGUCGUUGCAAACAGCAGCAGUGCUGACUCUGAGCUAAACCUAGCUGGUCUUUCUGUUCUGAUAAUUCGGUUAAUACUGCCACUUUCUAAAUACAUACAUGCAUGGUUCUCAAAAUACUUGGAAGGUUGCCUUUAAAGCACAUUACAUUUUUGUGUUGCAUUUUUAUUGGAAUUUGCUGCUUUAUACAACUUUUUGGCCAUCUUUACUAAAAUGGCUGCUUCCAGUACCUUCUUUCAUCACUUUUAAAAUAUAUUUGUCAUUGUCAUUGAUCUUCAACUACUUUGGUCGUCCUUUCCUUUGUUCUUGAUGUUUCGUUAUACUUUUUUAGUAUAUUUUCUCUUGUUACUUGCCUAGCCAAUUGAGAUCUUUCAUUGCCAAGUCAGUAAAAUACUCUUUUCUAAUUUUCUGUUGCUUUCAGUUUGUUUUGUCCCUUUUCUGGACCAAAGAUAUUUAAAUUUUUUCUAUAAAGCUUUCCUUCAAUAUUAGGUUUCUGAUCCAUGAGAUAACUUAUUUUGUAAAAGGUAAGCUUAUUUUAUUUGAAUUUUUCUGUGAUAUUCAGUAAAGUCUCUACUACCAAACUCUCAUAUUAAUGGGACUGUGUAAAUAAUGAAUGAAAUCAUAUGGUCCUGCUAUUAUCUUAUUAAGUUGUGUCUUUUUAUGUACCAAAAUUUAAUCUUAUAAUUAGCAAAUUUACAUCAGAUUGGCACCGGUGCUACAGAUGGUGGAUUCCUUUGCAACUACUUGGAAUUCUUAUAAUGCAACAACUUGCCCAUUUACUCAUCAGUAGACUGUAAAUUACUACUUUUUUGAUAAGGGCCUGAAUGCAAAAGAAGUCAAACAGACACUUAAUAUAUUAGUCUCAUAUUAUCGUGUCUAAAAAUGCUGUGCAAAUGAUAAUUAUCCAAAAGUUAUUUUUUAUUAUAUUUUUUAUAUUUUAUAAUAUUUAUAUUUUUUUAAUGUUUAAAAAAAUGUAAAUUAAAAAUUUUAGAAUAAUGUAAUAAAAAUUAGUUUCCAUAUAUGUAAUGAGAGUGAUGUCCAAUAAUUGGAAUUUCUGAACUGACCCAAUCCUCUUUUAUUUAGAAAAUUGGAGUUCCACUGGAUAUAUACACUAUAUGUUAAGUACAUAUUGUAUACAUAAUUUACAUAUGUGAAUAAGCACCAGUACAUACAUGUUCAUCUUCUUCCAAUCCAUAAUUUCAUGAGUUGAAAGUAUCAAAAGUGCUUGUUUCUUCACGAUGGUAGUAUGAUACUUCUAUUUGUUCUUCCUGGCCCAACUUAUGAGGUCCUACCACUAAGCUAUUCAUUGCUGGUGUUGUUGACUGGUUCAUUGGAGUAUGCAAAUCUGUCUGACUGUAUUGACGUGGUGCAUGUAUCUCCUAAAAGUGAUGAGUUACAAUUUACCCUUCUAAUUUAAUUUUAGCCAGUCUCUGCUAAUAUGAAGUGCAUUACAAAAAUUCUAAACGAAGUGAAAAAGAACAAUGUGG